AUGCAAUAUACAAAAAUCACAAGAAGUCAAGGGUAUAUGAGUGACGGGUUGGCAUUAGCGAAAACCUGGUUCUUUGCAAUUGAAUCCCUGGCAGAAUUGAAUGAUCCCUUAGGAGGUACCUUAAAGUUUCACAAGAAGAACGUUGGUAGUGGUACUAAUAUCAUAGAAAUCGAUUCAAAACUUGAUGUAUCAGAUACAAGCAGAUUAUGGUUGGAAACGGGGUAUUUUAACCGUGGAUCUAAUCCAGAGUAUCACGAUGCAUUGGUUAAAAUUGGAAUGAUAACUGAUUCCAAUUUACCUAUUCCAAGUCAGAUUAAUUUAUUUAUUGGAUUUACAAUUGAGAUUGUUCAAAUUAUAGAUGAGAUCACCAAAUGUUUAGAUUUGUUAAGAGAGAACCCCACUUAUCAAGUAUCAGGAAGUAUGAUUAUUAAAAUCAUGUCAUUAAUAGAUAAGGCCAGAAACAAUUAUUUUGUUCCAAAAGUGAAUAAACAGGAUUAUUCAAUCCCAAUUGAAUCAGCAGCCCAUCCCGAAUACACCGGAGUCGACAAGCUAACCUUGCCUUCUUCGUGUUUUGCCAAGGACGGAAACACAUACUAUUCAUGGUAUGAUAUGAAUGAACAAUUAGUCAUUGAUGAAAUGAUGUUACGUACCUUUACCACUCCAGGGUUACUUCUACUCCCUCGACACCACCCAUUAAUAGAAGAGUUAAAGCAGAAAAUGUUGGCAUCGAUGUUUUUCAUCAAGCGGAAACUGCCAGAGAAUCAAAUCACCGAGGAAAUCCUUGCUGAAAGUGAAAAUUUUUACUUGCCUAGCAGAUUAUUCACUGCCAGUGCGAUCAUGAUUGAAUCGCCUGUGGGAAGACUUAGUAGGAUUCUUAACCAAGAUAUUGAGUUUGAGCAAAUCGAACUUUAUUUUACAGGAUUGUUCAAAUUAGGUAAUGGAAGUUCAAUAAUGGCAUUAGAAAUGGUGAAGAAAUUAAGAAGGGGUGACGUUGACCUUGUAGAUCAUCCGGAAGUAAUUCCAUUUUGUUAG